UUCCGGCAGGAUGUCACGUUCCUGAAUUAUAAAUAUGUUCCUUAAUUUGACGUAGACAGAUAUGUAUUUUGUAAACAUAUGGGCACUUUUUAUCAUUGCUGCCUCACAAUGUUUGCCCCUGAAUGCACUUCACGUGAAAGGAAGAUGGAGAAGUACGGAAUUCUACAAAUUCUUUGCCAAGUUUGGCUUUCAGCAAACCGACGCUCACCAUCAAGUGGACACUCAGGGGUACAUCUACGGUAACAUCACCUCCAACAACAAUGUAACAACACCUCUAACCUUCGUCGUUGUCGACGGGGAAUAUUUCGUUGAUUAUUAUACCAACCGGACUGUAAUUCCCAGAGAAAAGGCAUGUCCUCUUAUGUUCAAGAAGAUCGAGACCAAAGCUUGGGAUUACAGCUGUCACCCGGACGGCAAGGAGGAUUACCUGAGGAAGAUACCGUGUGUAGCAGGCAGCCUCUGUGCUGAGGAGGAUGACCCAGGGAUAGUGGUGGAUGGAUAUCAGUUUACAUUCAGUGUACAGGACAAAAUACAACCAAGGUUCUGGUUCACAAGUGGAGCCGCCUGUUACUUAAACUCCUCCAGCUGUAUCUGGACUCACAACGAAGACCAAGACAUCUACAUUGACUUUGACAUCUGGUUUGUCAAUGGGAAUCCCUACACAAAACACUUCAAUCCAUUUGAGCAUCAAUUUUCCUUUGAGAUGCAUGAUGUGGUGGAAAUCCACCUGGUGUUCUUUCUUCUCUACUUAAUCCUGGUCCCCAUCCAAGUCAAGGCUCUCCUUAGUCAAUCCCACCCAAUAACAAAGUUGUUAACAGUCUGCAUGACGAUGGAAUUUCUUGGAGCUUUCUGCAAUGUUGUUCAUGUGAUAAAAUUUGCUUAUGACGGAGAGGGAGAAGAAGUGAUGAAACAUAUAGGCAACUUCAUUGACAUGGUGGGCCAGUGUAUGCUGGUCUUGUUGUUGUUACUUAUAGCCAAAGGAUGGGCAAUCACACGGACAGAACUCACACAUAGAAAACUGCUGUUUGGUAUCUGGGGAGCAUAUGCACUCGCUAAUAUGUUUUUAUUUAUAUGGAACUUGACAGAAAUUGACAUCAUCUCAGACAUAGACGAGUGGCAGACGUGGCCUGGCUACCUCAUCCUAGCCUUCCGCAUGUGUAUCAUGGCCUGGUUUAUGUUUGAACUGCAGUCCAGCUUUGCCCUGGAGAGGGGUCAGGAGAAAACCAGGUUUUAUCUCCACUUUGGAGCUGGCUUCUUGGUCUGGUUUAUCUACCUGCCUAUCUUAGUGCUCAUAGGCUCACAACUUUCAGCUUUAUGGAGGUUCAAAACCAUGCUAAGUAUAAUGUAUGGAUCAGAUUUCCUUGCCUUUGCCAUAUUGGUUCAUUUGCUGUGGCCCACACGGAGUGCAAUCUACUUCAACCUAGAUAACAGGUUUAACAGGCGACAGUGGGACAUGAAUGAGCUGAAAAUUACAGGGCUCCUCAGUGACUCUGAAGAUGAAAACAUCGAGAUGUCUCGACUGGUCUCCGAUUCUGAAGAAUUACAGGAUGAAAGAAAACCUAGUGGAAGAAGUUAUAAGAAUGGUUUCAUUAGCCCCAGCUCUAGGGCUCUACUGGGAACUAUGGAGGAAUCGGAGAUGUGAAAAAAUGGUUAUAAGGGAAAAAAGAAUCUCUAGUUUAUUUUUCACAGUAGUAUUGUAGAAUAUUCAUCGGUACCAUAUAAAAACUCUGUAAUUUAUUACUUAGACUUUAUAUAUAUUGAGGCAUACUGUCUGGAUAUUUUGCUUUUCAAAUAAACAGCAGUACAGGGCUUGUAGGUACAAAUCUGCAUUUAUCAUUGUGGACAUAUUUGCAUAUUUUAAUAGUUGUUGCAUUAAUGCAAAAUAGUUCUGUGCUCUCAUUUAGAGAGCACAUUUGACAAAGGAUUCUUGCCUCCCAAUAGUGCUGGCCCAGCAGAGGCAGAGCAAUUAAAUCUCGACACCUUUGCAAGAGGGUCUGGACAUAUUUAAUCCAUGGACUAGUUUGCCUACUGAUCAACUAGUUCAGAAUGCAGCCUUACAUGACAAUCAUUACUUAAAUAUUUAGUUCAUUAUUAACUCCCCAGCCUCCUAUACCCCUCACAAGUUAUUGAAAUGUUGGGUUCCAAUUUUUAAAACUUCGAAUUCUGUCAUAUUUCCAGAUAAUGUACAAUCUCCAGAAUUAAUAUGAAGCCCAUAUUUUCAGUGCUGCAUUCCUUUCCUUUCAUUAUUUGGUUGUGUAACAGGAAUACAGGUAGCCAUACUGCCAUUAUUGUCUUGUAUAAACAUUAUUAUUAUUAUUAUUAUUAUUAUUAUUGUAUGGCUGUUUUGCUUUCUGUUGAAUCCUUCAUCCAAGAAUAUAAUAUUUCCUCAGUUGUGCAUGAGAAUAUGCAUGUGGUUAUUGAAACUAGCUUGAAUUUUAUAUGCAAAUGUAGAUUUGAUUUCCCUGGGAUGUUUUUUUUUUUUUUUUUUUCAUUUUUCUUAUGUUACAUCUUUUUUAACUGUAUAACUUUUUUUAAAUUAAAAUAGUAAUUUGAGUUCAUGUUUUAGCACCAGAGGCUGACUGGACUCCACGCUGAAAAGUGCAAGCAACUGCAUGUGUGUGUGUGCGUGCAUGUGUGUUACACAAAACCAUUGUAUUUUCCCAUUUUCAUUGGAAGGUGAAGCAUAUUGUUUCAUGGAACAGAAGAUAUCAAGUUAGAGAUAUAUUAACAAGUUCUCUAGAAAAUGUAACAAUGAGAGAUAUAUUAACAAGUUCUCGAGAAAAUGUAACAAUGAAAGUGCAAUUGUGUGGUAUGAAGCUGUGAAAGUCAUUUUUGGGAGAAAUUCUGUUAGACUUGUUAGUGCAAAUUUAACACAGCUCACAUGUGUAAAGAUGUACUGGUUGUGAUAUAUAUUGAUAGCCCAAAAGCCAUGUAGUUACAUGCAAUAUAUGGGUGCUUCAACGACAGGUGCUUGCAUGUUGUUCAUGUUUUGAAAAAGAUUUCCAUAUAACCAUAACUUAUAAAUGUCAAGAAAAUAGUGAGUUGCUUAACCAUAUCCAGAAAGAUGUGUGUCAGUUUGUCUGUCACAUACAGUUGAUGAUAAUAAACAUUUACAGUUUACUUUGAAAGAAGUAGUGUUUGUAGUUGGUAAACAUGCAUGCAUCUAUCCAUUUAUCCUGGCAAACAUGCUGAAAACUUUGAAAAACAACCAGGCAAUCAGGCCGGCAGUUAUAAAAAAUUUCCCAGAUUAAAGGACAUUUGCCAGACUAACGGUAAACUCAACAUUGUUGCUGGUCUCUUGGACUGACUGAACACAAUUUUCUACCUGGUUUUUGAGAAUAUUUUUUUUCAGUCAUGAGAGAUGUCAACAGUGUCAGCAUGCCCGCCAUCUUGUCCAGUUAUAUAUUAAUGCUAACAGCAAUGGAUAGUUUAUGUAUACAUUUGAAUUUUAUCUGCAAGUUAAGAAUAAUCUUUUUUUUUCCUCUGGUAAUUAUAAUCUUAUGUCAGUAUAAAUAUUAAUGUAUGAAUGCACACACAACACAUACGUGUUUAUGUGUACGUGUUUAUGUAUUAUACAUUGCCAUAUGUGCCAUUGUAUGUAUAGAUUCCAUCAUCUUUACAGCUGCAAGUUCUCAAAGAAAUUUUCAUCUCUUAUAAAUAUCUCCAUUAUAUAUAUCAAAACUUUUAAAUUAGCCAUAAUUCCAAGUUCAUAAUUUAAGGUAGUUUCCAUAAUAAUCUCAACAUCUGAUGGGGUUCAAGUUACAUUCUAUGAUGGUAUAUGGUCAUAAAAAAGUCCCGGUCCCCACCAUCUAGUCAGUAAUUCAGCUCUAGUUAAGGGAAUAUUUUGAAAUAAUUAUUCAGUAACAUCGAAGACGCCUUAUAUUUAACAUUUCAAUGGUUCAAAGGGAGAAGUAGUUUACUUUUAU